GAAAGGGGCGGCGUUCUGCCCGGGCUUCGUUCGAAAGGGGCGGAGCCAGGGCCGAGGGAGGACCAGUCGCCCGCUCCUGCAUCGACCUGGGGAGGCGAAGAGCAUCUUCAGCGCCGCAACCGCCUCGGGCGCCUCCGGAGCGCCUCGCCCCGCCGCCGCCGCCGCCGCUGCUCCUCCGCCAGCUGCCAUGGCCGAGAUCGCCAGCGUCCGCCCCAGCUUCGAUGUCUCCCCCAUCGUGGCUGGCCUCAUCGGGGCCACCGUCCUGGUGGUGUCGGUCUCGGUGACGGUCUUCGUCUGGACCUGUUGCCACCAGCAGCUGGAGAAGAAGCAGAAGAGUCCUCCGUACAAGUUCAUCCACAUGUUGAAAGGCAUCAGCAUCUACCCAGAGACACUGACCAAUAAGAAGAAAAUCAUACGGAUCCGGAGGGACAAGAAGGGCGUGGCCAGGAAAGACGGGAACGGUCACCUCCUGGUGGACGCGGCCGAAGCUGGCUUGGUGGGCUCCGAGGGAACCUCCGCCGGGUUGAACGCGGCUUCUUCCGUCAACCAGCUCCCCGUCAAAGUAGAGUACGGCGAAGAACCGAGUCCUCAGCAAAGCUUGACCCCGGUGGGGAGCAAGACCUCCUCCAUGUCUUCUCCAGAAGAGGACCUCAUGCUAGGCACGCUGACCUUCUCGGUGGAUUACAACUUCCCCAAGAAAGCCCUGGUGGUGACCAUCCAAGAGGCCCACGGAUUGCCGGUGAUGGACGAGCACAACCAAGGUUCGGAUCCCUACAUCAAGAUGACCAUCCUGCCGGACAAGAGACACCGCGUCAAGACCCGGGUUCUCCGGAAGACCUUGGACCCGGUCUUCGACGAGACCUUCACCUUUUACGGCAUCCCCUACAGCCAGCUCCAGGAUUUGGUCCUCCACUUCCUGGUGCUCAGCUUCGACCGCUUUUCUCGAGAUGAUGUCAUCGGGGAGGUGAUGGUACCACUCGCGGGGGUGGACCCCAGCACCGGGAAGGUCCAUCUGACGAGGGAGAUCGUCAAGAGGAACAUACAGAAAUGCAUCAGCCGAGGAGAGCUACAGGUGUCCUUGUCCUAUCAGCCUGUGGCCCAGAGGAUGACCGUCAUGGUGUUGAAAGCAAGGCAGCUGCCCAAGAUGGACAUCUCCGGCCUCUCAGGUAACCCUUACGUCAAGGUGAACGUCUACUACGGCAGGAAGCGGAUCGCGAAAAAGAAGACCCACGUCAAGAAGUGCACCUUGAACCCCGUCUUCAACGAGUCCUUCAUUUACGACAUCCCCACCGAUCUGCUGCCCGACGUCAGCAUGGAGUUCCUGGUCAUCGACUUUGACCGCACCACCAAGAACGAGGUGGUGGGGCGGCUGAUCCUGGGGGCGCACAGCGUCACGGCGGGCGGAGUCGAACACUGGCGGGAGGUGUGCGAAAAUCCCCGGAAGCAGAUUGCAAAGUGGCACAGCUUGAGCGAAUAUUAAGCAGGGUAUGCGGGAAGGUGCCCGGGGUGCUGAUUCGCACCCGGCGCCUCCUUCAAGAGACUCUCAGUUCCCCCCUCCCUUUCCCACCCACCCCAAAAUAUGGCCCCUUCUAUUUUAGGCGUAGAACUGACCGUUUCCAUCAUAAGAAGCAGCUGACUGGUUUUUCUGUUGUGACGUUGUUUACAAAGGCGCACGUACACAGCAAGCACACACACACACACAGGUUCUGCAAACAGUGGUGAGAGGGGAAAAAAGUGCAUUAAUUUUAAGAAUAUCACAAAAAAAACUAUAUUAAAAAAAAGCGUAAUCACAUUACUAUUGCAUGCCAAGUACAGACGUCGAGAAGGGGAAAAAAGGAAAACACAAAAAAAUUAGUAUAACUUAACCAAUAUUGAGACGCAGGUUUUUGGGUUUUUUUAAAUAAUGCAAUUUAUCUGUCACUAUGAAAAGUUGUGUUUUUGUGCUGAACAGUCUUUUGCAGGUAUUCACAACUAGUUCUAUUCAGCUUUUCUUCCUGACUUCUUUUUUUUUUUUUUUUAAGGAAAAAAUAAUAUAUAUAUAUAUAUAUAUAUACACACACACAUAUAUAUUCUCGUGCUGGUUCUUUGCUUGCCCUAUUUUUGGUUAAGCCUCUUGCCGUUUUCUAUGAUUUGGGUGAAUUAACUUUGCUUGUACAUAACACGCAGGGGUUUUAGGCAUUUGUCUUAACAAACACAAUUUCCUUUUCGGAAGGGGGCGUGUGUGUGUGCGUGUGUGUGUGCGUGUGUGUGUGUGUGUAAAAAAAUGCCGGAAUGGCAAGUGGCUGCUUAAAAAUGAUCAUUUCCUGUGAAACAAAUCUGGGAUUUAACCCACCAGUGCCCAUGAUACAUUAGCAGCUCUCAAUCUUUUGCCUGGGGAAAUUUGGGUGAGCAGAAACUGCCCCUCCUCCUUCCUGCUUGAUCGCUGAAUAAAAGUUUCAAUUUAAGAAGACUUUUUUAUUUUAUUUUAAUUUGCACUCAAAAGCAAAACGACGUGCUUUUUUUUUUUUUAAACAAACACACACACGCAAAAGCCUGGAAUAAGUUGUUAAGGAAAAAGUGCUCAGGGUAUAAAUAGAUUUAUGGUUAUUUCAGGGGUAUGGAACCUGCCACGGGAUGGCUGGCCUUUGGUUUCGUUUGAACCCCCAUUUUGGCAUGCCAAAUCGACGAGGCUGAUGGGAGUUGUGAUCCAGCGGACCCCAGGGUUCCCCACCUCUUGUCAGGCCUAUGGAAACAGUUCUAUUCCUCCACAGGAGUUAACGGGGAAAACGAAGGAGGAUUUUUUUAUAAAUAAAAAACAUUAAACCACCACCACCCCAUCUUCAACCAUACAUGGGAAUACUUUUGUGAAAAAAGCUGCUUUACCAUAACAUUUCCCAGAUGUGAAAUCAACUUUUUUUUUUCUUUCGGUUGCCAUCCAGUUCCUCUUCCCCUUCUUUUCUUUCCACCUUGUGUCUGCUGUAAAAAAAUAAAAUAAAAAUUAAAACGGAGCUAAAAACGAAGUUACAACUUUUAUGUCAAAAGGAAAAAAAAAACAAGGAAAAAAAUAAUAAAGUCAAGCCAUGUAUAACCGCAUAAUGCUGUUAGACUGACCUAACCAACAUAAUAUGUAAUGCUAAUCUGUAACGUCAACAUUGUUUUAAUGCACACCCAGACAUUCAAAUAAAAAAAAAAAAUAGAGUCACUUUAUUGAU